AUGUAAACUACAACUACUUAAAAAAAUUCAAAAAAUCAAUUAAUCAAUUAAUCAGGUGGAUAAAUGAAACCUUUAAAGUAAACAAUGAUUUUCUAACUAUUAGUUAUCAAUUACAUAAUUAGAAUCACUAGGCACAGGAAGUACAUUUUGUUAAAUAUUUAAAUAUUUAUAUCCGAAUUCGAUUUCAGCGAAUAAGAUCAUUUGAAAGCUAACGAAGAAAAUGAUUACAUUAAAAACUUCAAAACCUUAUCUGAUGCUUUUUCAAAGCUUAGAAUUUAAAAAUAAUUAGAUAUCUAAUCGCUUUCAAAAUCAAAGUAUAAAAAUAUUUUGGACAUAACAUAAUACUUGAAAUCAAAAUUCGACAAGUAAGACGAAAAGAGAUAAAAUUAUGAUCCUCUUGAAUUUAGAAAAGUAGAAGAUAGAAAGGUUUUCGCUCCUACGAAUAGAAAGACCCUCUCAAUUCUUAAAGAUAAAACCAAUAAUAAAAUACCACAACCUCUUCUCAUUCCUUACUAGUUAAAAGACCUCUUACAAGUAGCUCCUCUUGGAAAAAUACAAAAACAUAAUUGA